AAUCAUAAAGUAGCUAUGUUUCACUUGAGGCACAGCAGCGUCACCUGAAGACACACUCGCGAGAGACAUGACCACCGCACAUUUUUCGCUCCACCCUCUCCCUCCACCAAGAGUAAUUCUCAAAGCUCCACUCCCGGCGCACAAUAGCACCAACGGCGCACGCAGAAGAAUCAUCAACCCGCCGUGCAUGGUCUGCUCGAACGGAGGCCAAAGCCAAAGCCAAAGCCAAAGCCAAAGUCAAAGCCAAAGCCCAGACGACUACCAUGCCACUCUCAAAGCUCUCAACUCCAAAGGCCGCACCCCAAGGAAAUCUCUUGGCCAGCAUUAUAUGUUGAAUAAUGAGAUCAAUAAGCAUCUUGCGAGAGCUGCCAAUGUUGAAGAAGGCGAUGUGGUGCUAGAAAUUGGGCCCGGGACGGGCUCUUUGACUCACGUUCUCAUUAAUUCCGGUGCCAUUGUUCUUGCCAUUGAAAAGGAUCCCCACAUGGCUGCUAUUGUGAGCGAAAGAUUUGCAAGCUCAGACAGGUUGAAGGUUUUGAAGGAAGACUUUGUGAAAUGUCACAUUCGCUCCCAUAUGAUGUCUUUUUUGGGAAGUAUAAAGUCAUUGAAUCAUUCAAAAUCAAGAUAUGCAAAAGUUGUCUCCAAUAUACCCUUUAAUAUUAGUACAGACGUAGUCAAACUGCUUCUUCCAAUGGGUGAUAUUUUUUCAGAAGUUGUUCUUCUACUCCAGGAGGAGACAGCAGUGCGCUUGGUGGAAUCAUCCUUGAGGACAUCAGAGUACCGACCAAUCAAUAUCUUUGUCAAUUUCUAUUCAGAUCCUGAAUACAAGCUUAAGGUGCCAAGGACAUAUUUUUUCCCUCAGCCUAAUGUUGAUGCUGCUGUUGUUACAUUUAAGUUGAAGCAAGCUGCGGAGUAUCCCCAAGUUUCUUCCAUAAAGAGCUUCUUCUCAAUGGUAAAUUCUGCCUUCAACGGGAAACGUAAGAUGUUACGGAGAUCACUCCAGCACAUAUGCACAUCCCUCGAAAUUGAACAAGCUUUGGGAAGAUUUGGUCUUCCAGCUACCUCUAGACCAGAGGAGCUUACAUUGGAUGAUUUCGUGAAGCUGCAUAACUUGAUUGCCAAAGAAUAGUGCUUCUGGUUUUUAUGAACGGCAACUUAAAAGGCUGAAGUCCCAACACGGCCUGAUGGACUACAUUGUGGAAAUUGCACCAGAGUUAAAAGGCAAACAUGGUCCCCGAUGAUUAACAUCAUGUCAUCAUCCAUGGCUGAAAGGUGAAUUGGAGAUGAAAUAGGUUGUGGGCAAGUCUACUUGAACGCACUUUGAGGGCCAAAGCGGCACACUUGUGGCUGGAACAGCGUUUAUGAGCCCCAAAAGUCAAGCUCAUGCAAUGAAUGUAAGCAUGGUGUGCACCAUAACUCAUCUUCCCCUGCAACCGCUGCUUUAUUUUUCCUUACUUUUUAUCUACCCAUCUGAUCGUACCAUAAGUUGAGUUGUACAUGGAGAUGAAUAUUUAUGCACAAGUUUAGAGAUGUCAUGAUUU